AUGUCUAGAGGAAGCAACAGUUUUGACAAUAAGAAACUAAGUUGUCAGAGAGGUCACUGGAGACCUAUCGAAGACGACAAUCUCCGGCAACUCGUGGAACAAUAUGGUCCUAAGAACUGGAAUUUCAUUGCUCAACAUCUCUACGGAAGAUCAGGAAAAAGCUGUAGAUUGAGAUGGUACAAUCAACUUGAUCCAAACAUCACCAAGAAAGCUUUCACCGAGGAAGAAGAGGAGAGACUUCUCAAAGCUCAUCAGUUCCAGGGGAAUCGUUGGGCCUCUAUAGCCCGAAUAUUCCCCGGGAGGACCGAUAACGCUGUCAAAAACCAUUUCCAUGUCAUCAUGGCUAGACGUAAACGUGAGAGCUCUUCUUCAACGGCCACUUCUACGUUCAACCAAAGUUGGCAUAAUAUCUUGAGCCAUAGUUCUAAUCUAACAAGGCUAAAUAGAUCCCAGUUUGAACUAUGGACGCCUCAAAAGGACAAGAGUCACGGUCUUUGGCCCUACACUUUUGUUUCAGCACCUAAAGAUGAUCAGUUUGGAUCAUCAUCUAUCUCCAAUAUACACAAAGAAAUUUAUCCGGAGCGAAGCAAGUCGAAAGAGUUGGUGGAUCAUCACAAUUACGCAUUACAUGCAGCUACACCAGAUCAGAAGAACUCAUCAGGUGAAGAUGGACCAUCCAUGAGAGAUGAUGAUGGGAAGAAAAAUGUUACUUUCAUUGAUUUUCUUGGAGUUGGAUUAGUUUCUUAG